UGCCCGGGAGGCUCCAGGGGGGCGGAGUUUACCUGCAGCUGCCUACAGCCACAGGCUCCAAGAUGGUUUGUGGGGGCUUCGCGUGUUCCAAGAACUGCCUGUGCGCCCUUAACCUCCUCUACACCUUGGUUAGUCUGUUGCUGAUUGGAAUUGCUGCAUGGGGCAUUGGCUUUGGGCUGAUUUCCAGUCUCCGGGUCGUCGGCGUGGUCAUUGCAGUCGGCAUCUUCUUGUUCCUGAUUGCAUUAGUGGGGCUGAUCGGCGCUGUCAAACACCAUCAGGUGUUGCUAUUUUUUUAUAUGAUUAUUCUCCUCCUUGUAUUUAUUGUUCAGUUUUCUGUAUCUUGUGCUUGUUUAGCCCUGAACCAGGAACAACAGGGUCAGCUUCUGGAGGUCGGUUGGAACAAUACAGCCAGUGCUCGAAAUGACAUCCAGAGAAAUUUAAAUUGCUGUGGAUUCCGAAGUGUGAACCAAAAUGAGACCUGUCUGGCUAGCUGUGUUCAGAGUGGCCACUCGUGUUUACCAUGUGCCCCAAUAAUAGGAGAAUAUGCCGGAGAGGUUUUGAGAUUUGUGGGUGGCAUCGGCCUCUUCUUCAGUUUUACAGAGAUCCUGGGUGUUUGGCUGACCUACAGAUACAGGAACCAGAAAGACCCUCGUGCUAAUCCUAGUGCAUUCCUUUGAUGAGAAAACAAGGAAAAUCUUUCUUAUUCUGAUCUUGUUCACUUUCUAAUUUUCAGUUAAGCUAAUUUUCCCAUUUAAUGAAGGACACAGUAUCUGAAAAGCUACAUUAUUGACAGUGGAACUAUAUAUUUUUACUCCUAGGUUUCUCUAUAUGUUUUUCUCUCUCUGUUGCUUACAAAGAAGUGGAAACUUGUCUCCUCUGACCCUCAGUGGCACCUGUAUUCUAUCGUAUUCACAGUGUCAGACACUGUCCACUGUGGCCUUUCUUAGCAUUUUUACCUGCAGAAAAACUUUGUAUGGCACUGUUGUGUUGAUCAUAUUGUGAAUCAGAUUAUUCUAUUCAUAUCACUGGAAUAAGUGUGCUUAGGUAGCACCGUGCUGUGUUGAUAGUUCCUACUGGAAAAAGAAAGUUUACUAAGGCCAGGAAGUUUGAGAUUAUAACAAGUUAAGUUCACAAAGGGAAAUCCAAAUUCCCAAUAUUUUUUGUCUUUUUAGGAAAGAUGUCUUGUGGUGAAAAGUGUUAAUAGAAAAGUGAUAAUUUAGUUCUAGUAGCUAGUAGUCUUUAAUGAUUACACCAAUGUAUUGUAGAAGUAGCUAUGUCUUUAGGAAAUUGUGGUUUAGUUUUUGACUUUUACAGGUAAGUGCAAAGGAGAAAUGGUCUCAUAAAAUGUUCUAACAUGUAUAACAUUUACCUUCCGCCUUUAAAAUGGAAUGAGUUUGAGUAAUUCAGAAAAUAUAUCUAUAUACUCUUGAGAUUCUUUUAUAAUAAUUGGAAGUUGAAAAGACUGCAUUUUUAAACAAGAUUCUAUUAAUCUGUUGGCCCACGUAGCAAAAAGAUAUUUGAUUAACUUAAAUUGUUAAAUACCUUUUUCAUGAAAUUUCUCAGUAUUGUAACAGCAGCUUGUCAAAUCCAAGCAUAUUUGAAUGUGAUCUCCCAUAAUUUGAAAUUGAAAUCGUCUUGUGAUUCUGUCUAUUAUGUUCAAAAAUUAAAGUUUGGAAACCUUUCUUUGUGUAUGCAUGUUUGAAUUAAAAGAAAGUAAUGGAAGAAUUGA